AUGGCUACCAUUGUCGCUCUACAGGCACUAUACCCGAGAUUCAGGAAUAUGCCAUUACAGCGAAAGCCGCCUAUCUUUCAAUUCACGGAUUUGCACGAAAGUAAUUUCUUUGUGGACAAAAAAUAUAACAUCACAGGUAUUGUGGACAUUGAGUGGAGCUGUGUUUUGCCCAGGGAAAUGCAACAUCCACCUUUCUGGCUCUCUGGACACGAGCUCGAUGAUCUUGAUGGAGAAGGGACAAGAGAAAAUGAACAGGAGUUCGAGAGGGCCUGUGAAGAAUUCCUUCAGAUCCUCGAAGAAGACAAUGAGGGGGAGAAAUUCUCAAUUCGUCCUCUUGACUAUGCUCAAGCAAUGAGAGAUUCUCUUCAGAGAAAACAGCACUGGUACUUGACCGCAGUAAAAAUCCCGCGGAUCGCGUACACCUUAUUCAUCAACAAAAUACAACCCCUUUUUGCGCUUGCUCACUCCGAAGAGGAAGCCGGCAUAUUCCAGGACGUUGUGGCCAGAUACUGGAGAGUUGACACUAUAGGAUUUGUCGAGCAAAAACGCCGUGACUGGAGCGACUAUCUCAGCCAAUUACGAUCCAUGCAAGGCCCAUCAAUAAGCAUACCAGUCUAA